AUGAAAGAGAACCACCUCAUUCCCAACUUCCUGAGCGAGUUCAUCGAUGACGCCGAGGACCACGAUCCUUUGGCCGAGGCAAAAGCUGAGCUGGCCAGCAUGAGAUCCAGCUCCGCUCCCCCCAUCCUGCCCGAUGGCAAUUCAGCGGCGGUCUUUCAAAGCCACCAGUUUAUGGCCACUCCGGCGGAGCUCGACAACAUCAGCCCCGACGACCCGCGCCUGAGUCCGGGCUACUACGCGUACUACUACUCCCAGCGACGCCUCGACCCGCGCCUGCCGCCUCCCCUGGUGCUGCCCUGGUCCGGCUACGGCCACUACGACGACGACGACUCCAACGGCAACCUGCACGGCGCCGACGGCGGUUUCCCCCUGGAGCCCACCGAAGAGGACCUCUCCAAGUUGAUGGAAGGAGGCGCAUACAUACCGCACGGGAGAGCGGGGAUCGUGGCGCCCCUUGCGCAGCCCCAGGCCGCCCGCAAUCCGCGCGCCGCUGCCGUCCUUUCCAGCUUCGGCGGAGGACAGCAUCAUCAUCAGCAGCAGCAGCACGGCGUGGCCGUUCCGCCUGGCGGAGCGCAACCCGACUGGGGCGGCGUGGGCGCCAGCGAGGACAAUCCCUGGCCCCUGGCCGCCGAGUCCUACCGCCCCAAGUCCCCCUCCGGACCCAUUGGGCCGCCCCAGCGCGCCCGCUCCCCCGUCUCCGCGAAGCCCUCUCUUGUGGAGAUGAUCCAGCAGGACUUUCCGCGCACGCCCUCACCGGUUUACCAGAAGCCUGUGAGCCGCCCGACUAAGGCAGAGGCCGCCGCUGCUGCCGCGGCCCACGCGCAUGCUCAGGCGCACGCGCAUGCGCAGGCCCAGGCCCACGCACAGGUCCAGGCGCAGGCGCGUGAGCUGGCGCUCGACCAAUUCCAGCAGCAGCAGCAGCAGCAGCAGCACCACCAGCAGCAACAGCGCGUCCGUCAACAGCAGGUUGCGGCCGCGCAAGCCGCCGCUGCCGCCGCAGCACAGGGCCAGCCCAGCCCCAUGUAUUACCCGGAGCCCAUCGAUCAGCAGCUCCACUCCCGCAUGCACGGCCUCUCGCUCAACGAUUCGGCGCAGAACGGUGCGGCGGCGCGUUACGCCUCGUCUGAACGGCUGGAGAGGGAGAAGCGUGCGGUGGCGGCCGGGUAUGCCUACCCUGACGAGUUCGGAGGCGUCAACCUCAACGUCGCGGCGGCAGCGGGCAUGUCGCGCGUGGCGCCCCACGGCCAGCAGGGCCGCAAGGGCAACCCCGCCGCCUCUGCUUCUGCCUACGGCGGCGGAGCAGGCGGCCCCUACGCUGCGUUCCAGCAGGGCGCCGGCAACAAUGCCGCCGCCGCCGCGGGGUUGGCGUCAGCCGCGCAGAUGUAUGCGGCCGCUGCCGCAGCUGCGGCGGCCUCCCAGGCAGCCGGGCAGUACGGGCAGGUGCCCCUCAACCCGACGGCCUACGCUAUGGCCUCCCUGGCCUACGGCAACGGCGUCGACAGCGCCGCCGUCUCGCAGAUGCACGGCGCCCGCGGCCCGCUCAAGACCGGGGCUCAGGGCGGAUCCUUUGGCGCCGGGCUGGGCGGCGCCCGCAUGUCCGGCGUGGGCCUGCCGCCCGAGUACGCCUCGGCCUACCCGGCCUCCCUCCUCUGGGACGCCGACGAACGGUCGGCGGCGCACCUGCCCCACCAUGCCGGCGCCCACCCGCACCACCUCGCUGCCCUCAACAACCCGGCCGGCGCCCCCGUCGUGUCCCCCGCCGCCAUGGCGCGCGCGCCUGCCGGGGCUGGUCCCUCCAAGAACGCCGCGGCCAUGGGCAUGGGCUUCAUGGGCCAGGCCGGUGGGCGUUCGCUGUCGGAGGAGCGGAUGCUGGUGCACCCGUCGGUGUCGCACGGAGUUGGGGUGAGCGUGACCGAUGCGCAGGCCAGCGGCCAGGGCGCUGCCGCCUUCCGAGGUCGCGGCGCAGGGGCUCCCGCGGGCUUCGCGGGACACAAGAGCGGCGGCGGACCCGCUGCCGCCAACAAGGGCACCGCUCGCGCUGGCGUGGAGGAGGCGGCCCCCUCCGCCGUGGGUCGCUCGUCCCUCCUCGAGGAAUUCCGCAACAACAAGAACCGCAAGUUCACCCUCCAGGACAUCAUCGGGCACAUCGUGGAGUUCAGCGGAGACCAGCACGGCUCGCGUUUCAUCCAGCAGCAGCUGGAGGAGGCCUCGCCCGCGGAGAAGCAGAUGGUGUUCAAGGAGAUCCUCCCGUCGGCGCUGCGGUUGAUGACGGACGUGUUCGGGAACUACGUGAUCCAGAAGUUCUUCGAGCACGGCACCCCGGAGCAGAUCAAGAUCCUCGGGGACGAGCUGAUCGGCAACGUGCUCGCGCUCUCGAUGCAGAUGUACGGGUGCCGCGUGAUACAGAAGGCGCUCGAGGUCAUCUCCGUGGAGCAGCAGGAGAAGGUCGUCAAGGAGCUCGAGGGCAACAUCAUGAAGUGCGUCAAGGACCAGAACGGCAACCACGUCAUCCAGAAGUGCAUCGAGAAGGUCCCCUCGCCCCUCAUCCAGUUCAUCGUGUACCAUCUGGCGACGCACCCGUACGGGUGUCGGGUGAUCCAGCGCAUCCUGGAGUACUGCACGGAGGAGCAGACGACGCCCAUCCUGGACGAGCUGCUGCGGUGCACGAUCUCGCUGGUGCAGGACCAGUACGGCAACUACGUCAUCCAGCACGUGCUCGAGCACGGCAAGCCGCAGGACAAGGCCCCCAUCCUCCACAAGCUCCGCGGCCAGCUCCUCCAGCUCUCCCAACACAAGUUCGCCUCCAACGUGGUCGAGAAGUGCAUCCAAUGCGCCUUCGGACCCUACGGCGACGAGAGUGAUCGCCAGAUGGUGAUUGAAGAAAUUUUGCAACUGCGGAACGACGGGGCGACCCCUCUGCAGAUCAUGAUGAAGGACCAGUACGCCAACUACGUCAUCCAGAAGCUGCUCGACGUCGUCAACGAGAACCAGCGGGAUCAGCUCAUCACCAAGAUCAGGCCGCACGUGCCCGCGCUGAAGAAGUACACCUACGGGAAGCACAUCAUCAACCGCCUGGAGAAGAUGGGCUCGCCCCCGCCCAAGUCGCGCAACGAGCAGUGA